GUUACAACCGGCCCAUCAGACAUCACAACAGGUCCACCAGACACCACAGUAAGUCUGCCGAACACUACAACAGGUCCGCCAGACACCACUACAGGUCCACCGAACACUACAGUAGGUCAACCAGAUAUCACAACAGGUCAACCAGAUAUCUCAACAGGCCAACCAGAUAUCACAACAGGCCAACCAGAUAUCACAACGGGUCAACCAGAUAUCACAACAGGUCAACCAGAUAUCACAACGGGUCAACCAGAUAUCACAACAGGCCAACCAGUCAACACGACGGGUCAGCCAGAUAUUACAACAGGUCCGCCAGAUACUACUGUAGUUCCACCUACAACGCCACCAUUUUGUUUGUCAAAUCGACAACCUGCUUCUCAAGAGGAGAUUACAAAUUCAGUUUCACUGGUCAUUCUGAAUAUUACUAUUCCAGAGUGGUGUGCCAUAGAGGAAAACUUUACAGAGGCAUUUGCCACAAGUACUGCAAAAUUCUGCAACACAACAGGAUCAUGUCCUGUGGAACCGGAUGUGGAGGUCGUGAUACUUCCUGAAUAUCCCAAAGUUAACAGUCCCCUGGAGGUCAGGUUCUUCAUCCGUCUACGGACCGCCAUGAAUACGUCUUUUACCCUCCGUAAACAAGAGCUCAAUACGAUUUUGGAAUCUUUCCUGCGAAACAUAAGUGACACGUUUGGUAUAGAAUUUACAGUCAAUGGUAACUUCACUAACUGGGGUCCCUGGGGACCUUGUAGUGCUUCUUGUGCGGGUGGUGUUGAAAUGCGAUCUCGAAACUGCACCAAUCCACCGCCGAUUAACAAUGGCGCUGACUGCCAAGGACCUCGAAACGAAACCAGGCAAUGUAAUGUUCAGCCUUGCCCAGUUACAACAUCGCCUCCGUCACCGAACGUCACCACGUCAGCAACUCCACCCCCCUGCGUUUUACCAACUCGCAGAACUCCAACACAAGACGAGAUCAACAAUGCUAUCACUAUCAUCAUUGUAAAUUUCACUAUACCACAGUGGUGCUUGAUAGAACCCGAAUUUAAACAGCGACUUGCCAAUUUUGUCACCGACUUCUGCAAUGCUGAUAUUGGACGCUGUGCCAACAGAUCCUUACCAUCUGAUCCGGAUCUAAUCAACAUCCUUCCGGGAUUUCCCAUUCAAAACAGUCCUUUGCAGCUCAAAUUUUAUGUGCGACUGAAAGCUGGGAGAGAUCAGCAUGUUACAAUAGAUUACGACGUGACAGAGUCAAUAUUUCAAGCGUUCGCUCGAAACUUAAGCGACACGUUUGGCGUAGAAUUCACAGCCGAUGGGAACUUCACGAACUGGGGUCCCUGGGGACCUUGCAGUGUUUCUUGUGCGGGUGGUGUUCAAAUGCGAUCUCGUAACUGCACCAACCCACCGCCGAUCAACAAUGGUGCUGAUUGCCAAGGACCUCGCGACGAAACGCAGCCUUGCAACGCACAGCCUUGCCCAGUUGAUGGUAACUAUACUCAGUGGACUAAUUGGACUCAAUGCAGUGCAACGUGCGGUAAUGGCAUUCAGACGCGUUACCGAUCCUGCAUCAAUCCCCCACCGUCCAACGGUGGCCGUGACUGCGAGGGCCCUAGAAAUAUGACGCAACCGUGCUUCAUACAACCAUGUAUCCCUCGGCUUUAUCCUUAUGGUGCAAAAGUUGGAGAUGCACAAUUGAGUCGCUCCAACGCGUACAUAUCUCAGUGUCUACGAAUUAAUAUUCCUGGUCAAGGAUUGCCAUUCUUUAUACGAGAACACAAGACGGUUUUCAUUUGUCGGAAUGGGCUGCUAAGGUUCGUCAGCCCCAACGUUGUCAGAUGGCCUGAGCGUUUCCCUGGUUUCAGGCCAGGUUAUUUCAGAUUUGGACGCAUGUACAUCCUAGCACCAUACUGGUCAUACAUCAGUCACUCUCCAUUUAGACUGCCGGAUCACAGAAACGGAUCGAAGGUUUAUUACCAGGUCUACGCCAAGACCUUCCUAGGCGAUGUGACGUCCAACCAUGCUAGAGAAGUCUUUGAUCGAGCAAACAGUGACGUAAAACGCUAUCAAACAAAUCCCAGAACUCCAAACUUUAACGCGACCUGGGCGUUGAAAGUGACAUGGGUUCGACUAUAUCCCAUUACAUACCCCUUCAUAAAUGCGGUCAACACGUUCCAGAUUGUCCUGGUAACCGACGGUCAACAUUCUUUCGCGUUGUUCAAUUAUCCUGAAAAUGGAAUUGAGUGGGCUGCAUCAACAGGGCAGAAUUUCCGCUUGCUCUCACAGAGAAGCCGUGGGCUUCCUGUUAUCGGAUAUAACGCAGGAGACCCAGCACAACUGCGUUUCACUAAUGUACCGGGCGCGGGCACUGUUGAAGCCGACACCAUAGACCAGCGCAUUGGAAACACGAACAGUCGCGGUGUGUGGUUUUUCCGUCUCGACAAUAGCUCUGUUUUGGACUUGCCUGCCAAGAAGUGUUACACGUGGAUCCGUCAGCAGGGAUCCUUAUCAGCUCCAGAGAUAAGACCCUGCCCCUGCACCUUUAACCAAGCUGUUGCAGAUAAACAAUUUUAUGUGGAUUAUGGCCAAAAAAUUGCUUGGCGGAGUAGCCAAACGAUAUGCGCAUACUCGCUGCCUUCUCUAGUGAGCCGCUGGGCACAACAGUGCUGCUACACAGAAGUACCGGGAGCUGGAAGAGUUCUGACCCUCGGGCAACCGGAAGCGGGGAGCACCUUUUUGAUUGGGGUACCCGGUCUUCCGUUGAUAAGUGAUGUGGAGGCACACCAUUACUGUUGUAAUUCGUCUUUGUGUGGACUUUACUAUCAGCGGCGACCAUCGGAUGACUGUUCUGAAUACAACAGCAGAAGAAGUGCUUUAAUAUGGGGAGAUCCUCAUUUCAUAACUCUCGAUAACAAAUCGUUUACAUUCAACGGGCUUGGUGAGUACACAAUGGUUGCUAUUGACGACGGAACGUUUGAGCUGCAGGCGCGUACUAAGAGGACCAGCGGUAGAGGCUUGGGGACAGUGUUUUCAGCAGCUGCAGCCAAAGAGAUGAACACGCCUGCACUGGAGGGACGAAUAAACAGUAAAGAUGAGCUGGAGAUUCUCAUUGCGGGAGUCAAACAAGACAUUUCCAACCUUACAUCGACAGGAACGUUGGUUCCAGGGGCCUAUAUUAUACUCAUUAGAGAGAUCCAUGAUUCAAUUUUGGCCCUCUUCCCAUCCGGGAUCUCUGUUACGUUUGCCAGUGUCUCCUAAACUCUAGCUAUUGCCUUUGACGGGCCAAACGUGUUUAAGAAUCGUACUAGGGGCCUGCUGGGGACUUGGAAUGAUGAUCCUACCGAUGACUUCACUACUCCUGACGGAACAGUGCUUCCGGCUGACGCCUCACCGCAACAAAUUCAUUAUGACUUUGGAUUAAAAUGGCAAAUAGACGCUUCUCAAUCGCUGUUCACUUACCAAGCUCAAGAAAGUCCCCUAACGUUCAUGGAUCUCGACUACGUACCAAUGUUCAUAGACAACAUUACAUGGACUAAUGACUCGUUCAGACAACAGGCAGAGAGCGUCUGUGGAAAUAAUACCAACUGUUUGUUUGAUGUGGCUGUGACAAUUGACCCGUCGUUUGGAGUGGCCACAAAAAAACUGGAGGAAGAUAAUCAUCAAAUGAACAACAAGCUAGCAACUUUCCCGCCUCACAUUUACGGACCACAAGUCAUCAACGCUACUAUAAAUGAAACAGUUGAAGUGAUCAUCACAGCCAGUCACAACUCCAGCAGCUCGUUUGUUUUCUCCGUCAAGUACUUUCCAGAUAUAGAAAUCGUCACCAAUACCUCACAGAAUCUGGUUAUUCGAUGGCGGCCGAUGUCCAUACAGAAGGUUGAACCUGUGCUUAUCGUCACGGACAGCAACGGUUCAGCCUCAGAGCUCCGGCCCCUGGUUCGACUGUGUCCAUGUCAAAAUAAUGGCAGCUGCGUCGACGAUGAAGACGUUCAGCGACAGCUGGACAGUGGCGCCAGAUUUAUUGUAUUAUCGUGUGAAUGUCCUGCGGGACUCACGGGACAGUUCUGUGAAAGUAACUUUGACGCUUGUGUAGAAAACAAUGAUCCUUGUUUCCCAGGCGUAGAGUGUGUUAAUGUUCCACCUGAUGUCAAUCAAACCGGAUACGCCUGCGGUCCGUGCCCUAGUGGUUACCAUGGAGAUGGUGCUACGUGUAUUGAUAUUGAUGAAUGUACUGAUCACGUGUCCCGAUGUAGCCAGUCAUGUAUCAAUACGCCUGGCUCGUAUGUGUGUGACUGUAAUCCGGGAUAUAAAAUCGAGAAUGAUGGCGUCACCUGCAUUGGUAAGGUUUCCUAUUACUUAACAUAUUCUUUGCAAACCAUUUUUAUCGUUUCAGAUAUCGAUGAAUGCACCACACACAGACACCGAUGCUCACAGAAUUGCCACAACACAGAAGGAGGAUACACGUGUUCGUGUGAUCCUGGUUACGAGUUGGACUCAGAUCAAAUGACUUGCAAUGGUAAAUGUGCUGUGUUUAAGAUCUUGCCGUGAUUGGAAUAAUGUUUCAUUCUGUCAUCGUUCACUGAUACAGUGCAAAAUUGGCAAAAAACAAAACCAAUUACCCACGGGGACUUUCAUUGAGAAAGAAAAGAGGGACGAAUAAUUUUUUACUUUUCUACCAAAGCAUAUGUUGAUUAAACUAUUUUAUGAUUAAUAUGGUAAUAUGACCGGCUU